AUGAUGCCAGAUGCAGCUGCAGCUGAAGUAGUCCGAUUACAGCAAGCUUUAGUGGCUAACCGGAACGAGUUGAAAGGCGCUUACCAGCAGGCCAGACGGCAGCAAAAGAGAGUGCAAUGUUGUGGCCUGGGGCCUGCAGCUCGCCGAACGACCCUAGCUGUGUAUGUGCUGUCCAACUACAACAUAGCUCUCGCUGUCCGCGUGGCUUGCAGGUUAUCCACGCACAAGCGCCCUGAGGAUGCUGGGUUCCCAACAGCUGCAGCCCUAGAAGAGCUUUUUUUGGAAUCCCCGCCAACAGACUGGCUGGAAUUCGGCGAGCUAGCAGCGCAGAGGGCACACGCCUUUUUGGCAGAGGCCGCAACUUCGGAUUGGGUGCGUGAUUGCAAUGUCUUGCAUGGUGUGGCCCCUUCCUCGAUGGACGUCUUCUUGCACUGGGAGCAUGCCUUUAUCGGCCAUCAGCUCGACGUGGGUGUCCCUCCGCGACGCUACGUGAACAAGUGGGCGCAGAAGUGGCGUGCGCGCUGGGGUGUCCGCCGCAAAGUGUUGAAACAGGUGGUGCACAAGGCACUGAAGCGGCAGUUGGCGCAAGCAACCCGAGAGGUGAAGAGCCAGGUUGCCAAUGGUCGUUUUUCAGCCAUGCAAGCGCUGGGACAACAGUCUCGAGUGGCGCGGAAAGUCCGUGCGUACUUGACGAAAACAAAGCUGCUGAGCAUUGCAUGCUGUUCAUUGUACGGUCGCUUUGUCAUCGACUGCUUAGCUGCACGCAAGCAGCUGCUGAUAUGGCUGCGCGACAAAUGGGCUGCGCAGCGAAUGGCCGCUCGGAAUGAGCACGGACACGCCAAGCGGCAGCGGUGGAGAGCUUCAUUUGCACAAGCCGACAGGCCGCAGAUUUUGCGCGACAUGUUGCCGCAAAUUCCUGUGAAGUUUGCACGUGCUGCACGUGACCUACUGGCAGGGUGGCAUGUCGAAGAGCCGAUUGUCAACGAGCCAUCGCCGCAAGCAUACAAGGGCACUGGUACUAUGUUCCGAUACAGUGGCUCCUUUAGCAUGAUUGAGCAUCAACCUUCCUUGGACCUGCUUGCGGCAGGACCAUCUGUCGACAUUGAUCUGCUCAGUGCCGGCCUACGAAACGCACCGCAGGUGCUUGCCAUUUGGGAUGACUUUCAAAGUUGGAUGACCGAGCUCGGCAACAAGUACCGCUUUGAACGGGUCAGCACCGCCCUGGAGCUCCACACAGAGGUGACGCUGCAACGCAGAGUGCCUUCCAUUCACUUGCACAUGAUGUUUGACACCCGCGACUCGGCAGCAAUGCGGGCUCUAGCACCGUACCUUCCUGGCCCAUGCACCCGCAUGCUGCGGCCAGGGCGACAAGUGCAUCUGUCUGGACAAAGUUUGGCAUUUCGUGGGUGCAAGCCGCACAUCUCCUUGGAUUCCUCGCAGGCUCGUGGGCGGUCAGUCCGUCGUGCACUGGAUCAAGGGCACUUUUAUCUCCAAGUGGAGAAGAAAGGGUCCAUUUUUCGCCAGACCACUUGCCAGACUUUCACAGUGAGCCCCGACUGGGUGACUGGACUUUGGCAGGGGGAUAAGAUUAACAAGGAGUGUGCCGAGCAGCACUACGUCCAAUGCAAGCGCAACAUUCGUGCUUACUGUGAGAACCUGAAGUACCAUGGCCAGAAACAACGGGAGCUGUACAUUCAGCAGCAGCAGGCUGCUGCAGCAGAGCUCUUGCGCCCACUGCAGAAAGAGCCAGUGGAACUACCAGAAGUGACGCAGCUGUUCUUGCCACAGUUCACGCGGCCUAUGCAUCGCCGAAAAUUCUUGGUGCUGAAUGGCCCAACGCGCCUGGGGAAGACUGUCUAUGCACGGUCUCUCUUUGGCGCAGAUCACACGUAUGAAACCAAUUGUUCCGGGGUGUUGGAGCCCGACAUGAGGGAAUAUGAUGUGCUACGGCACCGGUGUGUGGUGUUUGAUGAAGCUAGUGUCCAUCUUGUCUUGAAGCACAAAAAAUUGUUUCAGGCGCCGCCUGCCGAAAUUUCACUUGGGCACUCGGCGACAGGCAUGUAUGUUUAUCGCAUCUGGGUUUGGAAUGUCGCUCUCAUUGUCACAUCCAAUGUCUGGACCACCGAACUGGAGCAGCUCGCUGCAGAAGAUCGGGAAUGGCUAGAAGGGAAUGCGAUUCUCAUUCAGUGUAGCCAGCCCUUAUACAGACAAGACUGA